AUGGGUCAUCAUGGCCAACCUCCCCGGGAAGCCGGAGUCACCCAUGUUCCGCCGGAUCCGGCUUCUCUCGGGGAGAACAACCGGCUUGACGGACUCGCACGCGCUCUGCAGGAGGCCCUCGCUCGUCUGUGCGGGCAGAACUCGGUGGCUAUUGAAGGGGAGCGCUUUGCACACUUUGCAAGGCACACCUCUCUUGGGCUGCCCAUCAGCCUGCCAUUCCACCCCGUGCUGAGGCACCACGUGGAUCAUCUCGACUUCAUGUUGUUCGAGACUCGCGCCGAGCUGGACAACUCCCGCGCAUUCGCCAACCACACCUACCUCCAACUGAAUCAGCAGGCGGAGACCAUCAAGGUCAUCGCCAAGGAGCGUAGGACUCUUCGCCAGCUGGUCUCGAAGAAGUACUACACCAUCCACAGCUCAUGGGGAGAGGGUAUUCAGAUGUUGAGGGUUCGCCAAUUGUGUGAAGCGGCGAGCCAAAAGCUAUUCCAUAAUCAAUCAACGACGGGCACCAUUCUGUGCAGAGACAAGCUGGAGGACCGACAAUCCUAGUCGAUUCUGGAGAUAUUUCAGUUUCUCUCUCACCCACUCAACUCUGUAAUCCUUUGUUGGCUUGAUUCGUUUAUUAUUUCAGGUUAUUUGCUUGGUAGAUCUCAUUUUUUCCUCCUGCAGUUCCCGCCCCUCAAUCAAGGGCGCUCACUCCCAGAUCCCAUGUGACGAGUGUCUACUGCCAACCACAAGCCUCCAUCAGGUGACCAGGUCCUAUACGUGAUUGCUCUUUUUAACGAAUUUUAGUACAUGAUCUGUUCCCCCAAAUUUUACUGCCAGGUAGGUUGUGUAGCUUUAUUGGUACUCCUGUAAUAUCCAAGAUGUGUUCGAACU